AUGAGCCCUAUUGUCAGGUGUGUGCCGUCAGAAUGCGUCCAACCAUGUCAUGAUCCGUGGCACAUAGUGACACGCGCAGCGGAUAAGGAAGCGGACGAGGAGGAGGGUACGGCCGGCGGAGCAGCGCCCCCUGAUGACAACGAGGAGGAACAGGAACAGCCCACCAAACACAUCCUGCCACUCACCAACCACCCGGCUGUUCUGGAGGUGUCGGCCAGCCAACAAGACUUCUUCAAGAUGUUGGACGAAAAGAUCGAAAAGGGCAAAGACUACGAUUCGUCCAGCGAAACAGAAAUCCGAAUAGAGCAUGAACGCCGAAGGGUGCUGAUAGAUCAAUGGCGGUCUGCUUCAUUAUCCACACAUUCCUCUCAAUCGCAGCCGAGUCCACCCACACCAGCCAGGAGACGAGUGCCCAGGCCGAUACGACCUCCUCCGGAACGACAGAACAGCCCCGGCUCAGGGAGACGCUGUUACAGACAACAACACGUCCCCGACGGCAUGUCACCACCACCACGGAGAUCACACAGCGCACAAUCACAUCACCCACCAGAUCCAAGACAAAUCAAUGGCGACAACUGGCAUGAUCCGACAAAAUCUCCCGUCAAAAGACCACAGAGUGCCGGAGCAAACUGGAAGAACAACCCUAAAGUCGCGCCAUACAAUCAAAAGCCAAGGAAAAAUGACGCUAACGAUUACAGAGGGAAUCACAAUCCAGACGGUCAAGACAUGUCACAGAUAACAUUCAACCCAACAUUCCAGACACACAGUCCAGCUCACUCAGUUAAAUCUCAGCAACCAUACAUAGCGCAGAUCAUAAGCUACCCAAUGUCACAGCAGGUGACGCCACCGUCACCGCCCAAGUACAUCGCACCCCCAGAAGAGUACCAAGAUCCUCAGAACAAUACUGUAGGUGUAGAUAACAGUAAACACUCCACACAGCGACAGUCCCCAGUGACACAAGUAAAUACUCAACCACAUAUCUACUACAUACACGGUAACACCACGACGACGAUGGCGCAGGACAUCGCUCAGCAGAGGCAGCAGACUGCCAUACACCUGCAACAAUACGUCGCCAUGAAGCAGGCUCAGCAGCAAAUGUUCACAUAUCUACAAAGAAGUCCACACACUGUGUUCCCUAAUAUAGAUUACUCACAAAAUCCAACUCAAAAUAGGAUGUACGAGGGUGAAGAGUUCAUGGCUCAGUAUGGACACCCAGCUAUGCGACCGCACAGUGCACCGACUCCCGUGGGGGUCGUGAGGCCAAUGCCAGUCGCUCCCGGUUUCAGCCCGAUGGCAGAUGGAACCCACAUGGUACAAAUGCCGAUGUGGACACAUAUGCCCCCUGUAGUAUCCACGAUGGGCCCCUGGGUGCAGGGCCAGGCUCCCCCAGACAUGCAGUACUACCCGCAGGCACAGUUCAUGCCGAUGUACCGGCCGAACUCGGCGGGCUCUGCCGGCACCCUGACGAGAUACCACAAGAAGGACUCGAGUGAUAGUGAAGUGAAGAAUAACGUGUGCCAAAGCAUAAAUCUAGUCAGGCAGAAGCCGAUAGGUCAGAUCGUAUCCAUCCCUGGUCAGGAGCUGACGGUGUGUAACAAUGUAAGUGACAGUCCGAGCCCCGCGUCCGUCAGCACGGACAGCGGGGUGUCGCCGGGGAACAGUGUGCCUAGCUCCAAGAACCUGGUCUUCAACACGCCCCCUGCUGGUCCGAACGACACCUUCACCUUAGAUAAUAAGAACAAAAAGAAUAAAAUUGUACAACAACCUAGAUCUCUGAAAAAUUCAAAAAGUCUAGAUUCUUAG